AUGAGCGAAAUCUGCAAGAAAGAUCUACUCUGCCAUAAUAUGAACAGAAUGAAGAAGGUUCUUCCGCAACAUUAUAAUUUCUUUCCUCUCACAUUUUGUCUGCCAGAUGAAAAAGUGUCUUUGCGGAAAUAUUGUGAGAAGAGAAAAUCUGAAAUUUUUAUCAUAAAACCAGAUAGAAAUUGUCAAGGCAUUGGUAUAGAUCUAGUGAAAGGAAUUCCCGACAUAAAGAAAUAUUGCAAUGUUGUUUGCCAAAAAUAUAUAUCUAAACCUUUCUUGAUGGAAAGUUUCAAAUUUGAUCUCCGACUUUAUGUUUUGAUCACUUCUAUAAGGCCUCUAAGGAUUUACAUUUAUAAAGAAGGAUUGGUUCGUUUAGCGACGAUACCUUACAAGAAACCGAAUUCUUCAAAUUUGAAGAAGAAAAGAAUGCACUUAACAAAUUAUGCCAUAAAUAGAGACUCAGGAGAGAAAAAUCCAGAAGAAGUUAAAGAAAAUCAUUGCAAAAAGUCUUUAUGUGAUUUACAUAAGUUACUAACUUCUACAGGAAUAUCAAUAACAGAACUGUGGACAGUUAUCGAUGGAAUAAUUGUUAAGACAAUCCUUUCUGCCCUGCCAACUUUACAACAUCUGUUUCAUACGGCUUUUCCAAUAUCUACACCAGUGUCCUCGUGCUUCGAACUCCUUGGCUUUGACAUUCUUCUAGACAGCAGAGGUAAACCUUAUCUACUUGAGGUUAAUCGUUCUCCGAGUUUGGGAGCCUCAUCGCCGCUCGAUCAAGAAUUGAAGCAAAGCAUGAUAAGGAAUGUUUUGAAUAUGGUUCUUUUGACAUCAAAACAGAUAAACAUGAUAAAGAGAGAACAGCAUUUGAAAUCUCUCCACAGAUUAACAAAUCCUAAUGUAACAAGAAGUCUAACACCAAAAGAGCGAAUUCUGGCAGAAUUUCAAGAACAAAAAGAAAUCAAAAUGAUGGGAAACUUCCGCAUGUUAUAUCCUGUUGAAGAUGACAGGUACGACGAAAUACGUAGAAUGUCCUUCAGUCUGGACGGGAGAAAUGCAGACAAUUCUAAAACUAAUUCAAUAGCGAAGGACGCCUGA